AUGGUUAGAUCUAAGUCGAUUGUGGCUAAAGGGAAAGGGGAGUUGGGAUCUGGUCGGGUUAAGUCCCUUAAUCCGAUAUACUCUACCGUAGUGGAUCCGGCGGUGUUUGUCGAGCUCGCUGGCUUACCGCCGUCAGCGGAGGUGAAGAUUCCAGAUCCAGACGAAGAAGCUCUUGACUGUCCGGAGGGGUACGUAGUCAUGUACGAGUAUCCGUUCACAAUUGGCUUCAAAUUUCCUUUUACUCCGUUAGCUAGGUCUUUUAUUGAGGUUUUUCAUUUGAGUCCGGGCCAGUUAAUGCCCCAGAUCUGGCGGGUUUUCGCGGUGGUGCAAGGGGUUACCGCAGACUGGAAGGUGCCUUUUGACUUGGCCGACUUGAUGUAUUCUUACGACCUGGCGCUGAAGGAGUGUUGUAGGUAUACACUGGUUACGAAGAAGGGGAAGAAGAACUUAGGCGUUGGUUUAGCUGUGAACGACAGGGGUUGGCAGAGUCGUUUUGUCUAUGUGAACAAGGAUUCUUUGGGAGAGAAAGGACAUUUUUUGGUUGAAGGGUGGACGAUGGAAGUUGUCAAGGCAUCGUCGUUGGCUGAGUUGAACGCUGAUUCACACGACAAGUAUCAGAAGUAUUUAAGCUACUCUGUCGAGGACAGGUCUUUCAGUCGCGACAGUGGUCUUUUAGACGGGAAGGAGGAGACUCAUACUGACGACGUCCAAGGUGCAGAGGAGGAGGUAGAGGAGGAGACAGUUUGCUUGGUUCGUCGUCAAAAGAGGUUGAAUUUGACUGAAGAGGUGGUAGCAAAUUCGUCAUCUGCUGAGGAGGAAGAAGAUAUGGCUGAUACUUCAGAGCAUACGUUGUCAAGUAGGCCAGUGUCGAGGAUGUCGCAGAGCGAAGUGAUGGAAAGGGCGAGGAAGCGUCUGAGGUCGACUGCUGCUGCUGGUGGGCAGAGUUCGUCUGCUGUGUCUGGCAGUCGGGCCAUGUCUGUCGUCCCUCGACAUUCUAAGAUAGGGGCGUCGCCUGAUAUGCCCGUCGUCAUAGGUGGUGAAGGUUUUCAUCCCAUUGCUUCGUUGUCGCCUCCAAAGCCGUUCAAGGCGCCAUCGACUGCUGCUGUCACCAUUGGUAGUGUCUCCCCGGGUCGGCCAAGAAGUGUUCUGCCGAGAAGAGUUCUGCCGAGGAUACGGUUAUCUCUCUGCCCCCACGCUUCUUGGGCGAUGGUGAGACGGCUGUUAUUUGGCCUUGCGCUGAUCGUUUAA